AUGCAGUCAGUCAUCAACUUUGACCCGAGCCGAGCCGAGCAGAUUCUCGGGUUUGCGCUCGCGGCGUACACGGCAGACGCCAUCUUACCCCAGCCCGACCCCAACGACCCGCUCUGGGAGACCUUGGUUGGGACAAUGCAGCGCCCGCCAGCUCCGCAGGGUUGGUUCGAGGAGAUCAUGAACUCCGGGCCGAUGCGCGAGGUCACAGGCGUCGUCGGCAUUGUCCUGCCCGCGGCCAUCUGCUGGGCCUUCCAUUCUCCCGAGACCAAAAAGAAGACGGCCGCCUUCCUCAAGCGGCACUACAACCGUCUCGUCUCGUGGGACUCGGCAGUGGGGCUCGUCUCGACCCUGCUCCCCCAGCUGGCUCUCGUGACCGUGGGAGGGUGCCUCUCCCUGUGCUGGACAGGGGACACCGCCGCGCUGAAGGGCCUCGGAGAGGCGUUCUCGUGCUGGACGGUGUCGACCAUAGUGUAUCACUGCAUAUACUGGCACCCGGACGCCACCACCGCCAUGGCCCCCAAAGACGACUGCAGCAAGAACGCCACCCGCCGUCGCACUAUGCCCUCCAGCGCGCUAGCCCUGGGCCUCCGCGCCGUGGGCAGGCAUGAUGCCGGGUGCCACGGCCGCUUCGGCAUGUUUUUCGACAUCAGCGCCGGUAGGCCGUUCUUCAAUGCGCUAGCCUCUUGCUUAUUUGGGGGUAUGGAGGCCAGCUUCCUCGGCUACUUUGCCGGCUCCUAUAUUGCUGCCGAUGCCGCUAUGCGCCUGGAGCCGGCCAUUCAUGGAUAUUUGGGCACGCUGUCCAGCAGGGCUGGAGACCCAUAG